AUGGUAGCGGAUAUUGAAAUUGCACUCAAAGAUUGUGAGGAUGAGAAUACAAGUGACAUUUUACGCCACGAUGUCUCUAAUAUUCUACAUUCAGCUAUUUGUCGACAAACAAGUCCAGAAGAAAAGUAUUUCAUUAGCCUUCAGAAUAAAACGAAAGAAUUUUUCAACGAACAUCCGGAAAUACUUGUAUUAAAGUCUGAUAAGGGGGCGAAAACUGCUUUUAUGUUGGCUGAUCAACAUCAAGUACUCACAGAUGAAAUGCUUGGUGAUACUAACACAUAUAAAAUUAUUACGGAUCCGACAUCAACGAUUCAAAGAAUGAACAACACUGUUGUCAAGGAACUUUUUGAAACUCAAAGUAUUGAUUUUAAUACCAAACGUAAAUUAACAACAUACACGGCAAUAGCCCCAAGAGCUUAUUUUUUACCGAAGUGCCAUAAACCAACACUUUCCCUUAGACCGAUCGUAGCGGAUAUAAAUGGACCAACAAGAAAAUCAGCUGAAUUUUUGGCCACAAUUCUCGGCAAAUUACCUAAAUCACCGUUCUUCGUUAGAAAUUCGUAUGAUUUUAAAGAUUGCAUUACAACGUAUACAAUUAAUUCAAACGAGAAGCUGAUAUCUUUGGAUGUGGUUUCUCUUUUUACAAAUGCACCAAUUUGUGAUAUUAGAGAAAUUAUCAGCCGUAGAUGGCCUGAAAUACAGCAGUUGACAAAAUUACCAAAGCACCAAUUUUUAAAACUUUUUGAUUUAUGCACGAACAAUAGCUAUUUCAUGUAUAAAGGUCAAGUUUAUAAGCAAAUUUUUGGUACCCCAAUGGGUAGUCCAAUAAGCUGUAUUAUCACUGAAAUUUUGAUGGAUGAUAUUUUAUCAAAAGCAAUUUCGGCCAUAAAAAGGGAAUUGGAUUAUGAUAUCAGAUUGUUGAAGAAAUAUGUGGAUGACAUCUGUGCCAUUGUACCUUCGAACUUGAUUUAUGAAGUACUAGCUAUUUUCAACAGUUUUAAUGAACACAUUCAAUUUACAAUUGAAAUGGAGGUUGAGAACAGAUUACCGUUUUUGGACAUUUUAAUUAAACGGGAUUUGAAUGGAGUUUUAAGCACGGAGUG